AUGGAGCUCUUCCCAUUCUUGGGCUACUACUACCGUUCCGUGGUCUUGUUGGUGCAUAACGCGGUAUCCAUCCUCACCCGUCGCAGCGAAAAGAUCCCAUCCUCGCGAGACGACUACGAUAUCGACGAAGUCACCGGCUUCCUUCCAUCUUCGCCUCCUCCGCGUCUAUCCGAUGCUUUCGCCUUGUGGGAGCAGGCAUUGACAGAGGCCCAUACCCAAGUCUUCCUAUGGGGCGAUCAGUCUGAGGACUCGUCGGGAAAGCGCCUCUCCUCGGAAGCAUGGCGGACGAAGAUUCUAUCUGUAAGUCGGUUCCCCGCGCUUAUGAUCUGCGCUCAACAUCUUUCAAAGUUGCCCGUGAUUGACACAAACGUGCUGCGAGGAAAUCUCCGUUGUCUCCAACGGGCACAUGUGGUUCUCGCGUUCCUCACACACUACUUCAUCCACUCUGCUCCGCCAGCAAGUUCGGAUCUCCCUUGCCUGGUUCCCAGGGCUCUUGCGGUUCCACUCGUCGCUGUUUCUCGUGAUCUCGGCAUUGCCCCGGUUCUCACCUACGCUGACACCGUGCUUUGGAAUUACGAACUGAUCGACGCGGCCCAGCCGGCAUCGGCCACCAACAUCGAGUAUCACAAUUUAUUCUCCGGCACCGAAGACGAGGCCGAGUUCUAUCGCACAUCUGCGAUGCUCGAGCUCCGUGGAGUGGAGCUGCUCAAAAUCAUCGACGACUUUCAUUCUCUACCCGACCUACACGACCUCUCUGGAAUUUCUGGACUCUCACGCGAUCUGACAAGACUCAUGGGUAUUGUGGCGGAUAUCAGCGACAUCAUUCAAAGCGUUCGAGACAGCGUGGACCCUCACGUUUUCUAUCAUGCGAUCAGGCCCUGGUUCAAUGGCAGCAAAGCGAAUGGCUCUUCGAGCCCCGGUUGGGUCUACGAGGGCGUAGCUGACUCGGACAAAUUGGAUCUGAGUGGCCCUUCCGGAGCACAGAGUAGCACCAUGCACGCCCUCGAUCUAUUCUUCGAUGUUGACCACAAGCUGAAGCUGCCGCGAACUCCUCUGCCUUCUGCCGAAAAUCGCCGGUCUGACACUGGGUUCCUGGAGCGCAUGCGCCGAUACAUGCCAGGCAACCACCGAGAUUAUCUAGAUUGUCUUGCAAACAGCUCAAGAUCGAUCCGUGCGGUUUCUGAGAGGACACCAGCCCUCCAAGAGCCAUACGACAAUGCUGUCAUGGCGCUCAAAAAACUGCGUGACCUGCACAUGCGGAUUGCAUGUCGCUAUAUUAUCACCAUGUCCCACUCCCAUCCGCAUCCGACUCCGGUGCGCCCUGUCGCGGCGACAAUGCGCAUAGUGCAAAAAAGUAGUGGGACCGGAGGCAACGAAUUGGCUGUGCUCCUCAAAGCAAGCCGCGAUGCGACAAGGCGCACCUUGCUGAAGCAGAAAUAG